UAUAUAUCGGAAUAAAGAUUGAUUUUUGUACAGAGAAUCCAACAGUUUCCAUAAUUAUGGGGUGCUAUCCCCAAAAAGUACGGGCCCAUAUCCCAUAAUCCAAGUAAUCAUUACCAUAAUGGUAUGGGAUGAUAUUUCAUAAACGUACUAGUAACGGAUACAAUAAAUUUCUCUCCGUGUACCUACUUCAGUUUAUAUUUAUCAUAUUUUCAAAUAAACUUACAAGACUAUUAGACUCAAGUUAUUGUUAGAAGCAAGCUUUUACAGCUGUAAUGAAAUUAUACAAAAAUUAAAAAAUUAACGCGCCUCUCAUGGCGUGAUAAAAAUUAACGCUGUCUCUAAUGAGCGCGCGCCACCUAGUACCUUUUCUACAAUUGUCAAGUUUAAGCGGGGUAAUAGUCAUUAGUAUUUCUUAUCUUCGGUACUCAUCAUUCAAUAUAUUUUUGUACUAAAAAGUGUAAAAAAAAAUUUAAUUACUUCCAUCUGAUACCAUAAUUCAUAAUAAAAAUAAAUAAUUUAAAAAUCUUAUAUUAUUAAUUGUGUUAAAAGUUAAAUAACUAUUCAAAAUGCAAAGAGGUUAUACAACGGUCAGUGAACGUAAUACUGUUUACGAAUGGAAGAUAAAUAAAAUAGAUUUUUUUAUCAAAAAGAAAACAACUUUUACACUUUAUUCUUCUAAAUCUUCAUCAGGAGCCAACUUUGAAGAUGAAUGGCGUAUUAAGUCAAUUUUUACACCUCACGACAAAAUAGAAUUUUAUUUAUGUCUAACAAGCAAUCAUCACGCAUUAAAAACAAUAUUUUCAUUUUUCAUUUUGAACGAAAGAAAAAAGAAAAAUUUUGUAAAAAAUUAUCAGUACCGAUUAGCAAAGGUGAAGGCUUGUAUUUAUCCCUAUCCAAAAAAGAUUUAUUAGAUAACAAAGAUGAAUAUUUGCCUAAUAAUACUUUGACAGUGUGUGUCGAACAUUCUAUGUAUGACACUCCAGUUACAACUUCUAGAAAACUUGAAUUAAAUAUUUCAAAACGUCAAAUGAUUCACGACUAUACAGAACUGUACAACUCUAAAAUGAUUAGUGAUGUUAUUAUAAAUGUGGGUGACAAAGAAUUCCAAGCUCACAAAAUUAUUCUGAUGGCACGAAGUCCUGUUCUAGCUGCAAUGUUUUCUCAUGAAAUGAUUGAAAAGAAGCAAAACAAAGUAUCUAUAACAGAUAUUACUCCAGAGAUAUUCGAAAAAGUCCUGGAGUAUAUCUACACUGAUGAGGUAAUUGGUCUGGAUGAGAUUGCUGACGAUUUAUUAGAAGCUGCCGAAAAAUAUCAGCUUCAGUCUUUUAAAGAAACCUGUCAAGAAUCACUCAGCGUCACACUGGAUUUUGAAAAUGCAUUUAAAUUGAUGACUUUAGCUGAUUUAUAUAACGCUAAUCAUCUGUUAGAAUUCACAACUGAUUUUUUGGUUGCAAAAAUGAAAUGUGUUAUUAACACUCAGGGUUUUAAACAACUCGAGAAAUCACACUCUUCUUUGGCCAUAUAUAAAGGCAGAGAAAUUUCUUCUGACUUAUACAUAAGUCAUAUAAGAUUAUAUAUGGCCAUGUACGAUCAUAUAUGAUACAAUAUAAAAUAUUUUUACUCGAUAUUCAGUCCAUAUAAGAUCAUAUAUGGGUAUAUAUGACCAUAUAUGAAGAUACAGCCGGGAAAAAAAGUUCAU